UUGCUCGUUUGUGCGCACUUGCGAAUCGGUAAUUAUAGCCCGCAACGCAAGUGCCAAAUCGCUCGCGUUCCAACACACUGAUUAGCUGCACGAACAGAGUGUGACAGUGUUCGCGAUGGCUAAAAGAUACCCGUGUGCGGUGCUUGGCUGCAAAAGUGCCGACUGGGAAAACGAAACGACGCGACACCGGCUGCCUCAUGAUGAAGCCCUGCGCAAUGCCUGGCUUGUGCGCAUUGGCGUUUCGGCAGAAUCAAAGCGCAACGGCGAUUUACGUGUUUGUGGGCGCCACUUCCGUGCCGAAGACUACCAUCACAACCCACGCCUGCUGCAGGAGUGGGGCUGCGGUCUGACACCCCGCCUGAGACCAAAUGCGCUGCCAACUCUCUUCCUUCCAAGAAGGCCGACAUCACAGACCAAGCCAACUCCAGCUGCAGCGUUGGGUGCCAGCACUAUUGAGGCAUUGCAGCAUUCACAGCCAGCUGUGCCGUGUGAAUGCAGAUACAGUCAGGCUGAGUCUACUGUGGGAACGCAGACUGAGGUGGCAGCUGACCACAGCCCUCGUGUACUGCAUUCUGUGGGAACGCAAACAGUGCCAGAACAAUGCACAAUAAGUGUGCAGACGUCACGGCAUCUUCAGAAGAGUGUUGCCAUGCAGGCAGACUUCGCUGCACGUCUGCUGGUGUCUAAAGGCACGCAGAAUGCUAGUUCUGUCGACGUCAUCCUGGCAAGAACACCAGAGCAUGCAGAUGUACCUGCUUCUCCUGCGCCGACAGACUUCUUUGAGAAUGCCCGCUGCUCGACACCCAUACCAUAUAUGGAAGAGGUGGAAUGCGAGAUUCGAGAAGCUGCUGGCGAUGAAACCUACAAACCAACUCUUGAAUCCUUCGAAGACACGUUUGCAAGUGGAUGUAUGGAGCCAGUUGAAUUGGCGUCUGCCAACAGCGAGGGCCCAACAGCUGAAGCUUCAGUACUGCCGCCCCUGGCCUUCGACAGCCAUAUAGAGCCACGAACUGCAACAGCGCAUACAAGUGAAAACCAAGACCUAGUCACAACCUUUCGUGAGGAGCGAAAGUUCGUGGUUUUUGAGAGCUGUUUGCGACAGCUCCUUCCUGUGGCGUGCAGUUUCUGCCACAAGAAAUAUACCAGCACAUUUUCUGUUGUUGGCUCAAUGGUCACAGUCAGGAGCAGCUGUGACAACUGUAGGCAUGUCACUUCAUGGAAGAGCCAGCCACUGAUUGGAGACAAACCAGCGGGAAAUGUUUUAAUGGCUGCGGCACUGCUGUUUUCAGGCUGCACAGUGUCCCAAACAUUGCGGCUCCUCCAGUCUAUCAAUGUGCAGGCCAUCAGUGAGACAACUUUCUUUAAAUAUCAGGCUUUCUAUAUGGUGCCAGCUGUAGAAAAGCUGUACAAAGAACAGCAGGCCCAGCUGCUAAGCAGAGUGGCUGGCGUGGAUGUGGACCUGGCUGGGGGUGGCCGCUGUGACUCACCGGGACACAGUGCGAAAUACGGAACAUAUGUACUUUACUGUACCCAAGUGAAGCGCAUCUUGGAUUGCCAACAAAUUCAGGUUCAUGAGUCAGCUGCUGUUUCGAGCAGCAAUGCUAUGGAGAAGGAGGGGCUUGCCAGGAGCCUGCAGAAGCUUGACAAGCAAGGUGUCGGCAUAAAUUCCAUCACUACAGACCGACACCCUGCCAUCAGGAGCUACUGUCAAAAGGAGAGGCCAGGCAUGAAGCAUUACUUUGAUGUCUGGCACAUCGCCAAGGGUAUAAAUAAGAAGCUGAGCAUUGCAAGCAAGCACCGCAACUGUGGCUCCAUACUUCUGUGGAGUAGGAGUAUAAUAAACCACUUGUACUUCGUGGCUGCAGCAAGUCAUGGUGACGGGGACCUCAUUGUGAGCAUGUGGCGAAGCGUGCUGAAUCACAUAUGUAACCAGCACAACGGUCAUGAAGGACCCUUCACAGACUGCGUGCAUGGGCCUCUUCGCAACAAGAAAUGGAUGACAAGAGGAUCUACUGCCUUCACUAAACUGCGGGCUAUUCUGGAGAACCCUCGCCUUCUGAGUGAUCUCCGCCAGCUGUCUCCUAUGGUCCAGACAUUCUCGUUGGAGUCCUUUAAUAGCCUGCUGAUCCGCUUUGCUCCCAAGUCAAUUGCAUAUUCAGGACCUGGUAGGAAAGCAAGGACUCAGCUCGCUGUGUUACAUUUCAACGAGAAUGCUUCAAGGGAUCGAGCUCAGGACCGAAUUGGGCAGACGCGCUGGAAGAAGAGGCUCAGCAAGUCCAGGAAGGGGCACUUUACAGCCCGCAAAGUCAAGGCGGCACCAACAUUUGGAUAUGUCGCCAAACUGAUGGUGGAUGUUAUGGCAAGAGCAGGUGCCACUUCUCGCAAGACAAGCUCCAAAGAGAUCCCUUCCGAUUCUAGCAUGUUCCUGACAGAUAGAUAGGAGGCACCGUCUAUGGAAGAGCUCAUUGCUGCUCACAGGUCCAGAUUUCCGGAUGGCUGCCCUUAGGGAACAUCUCAAACUCUUUUGACAUCCGUGUCCCAUUUCAUCUUGGUGAGACGUUUGCCCAGCCGCUGGCCUGUGUAGCGACCUAACCGCCUCAGUUUUCAUGAGCUGCGUUCAUGAGUUUCAGAGCUCUGCACUGCCAUGCUAUGAACUUCCCAAAGAAACGAGCACAACAUUCCAACAAGCAAGCUCAGCAGUGGCUCUGUUUUCGAGUAAUGAAGUGAGGAACUUGACCACCACAAGCACUUUUCACAUCCCACCUUGGUGAGAAGAGGUCAGCCCAGCCGGAACCCCGUGUAGCAACCUAACAGUCUGUUUUCGUAAACUGUGUUGAUUCCAUUUUACAUUGCCUACACUGACUAUUUGGUACCAUACUACUUAUAGUUUAAAGUAUUCACAUGUUCGCUUUUUCCUAUCAUCUAUACAGAAUGUUCUAAUGGAGGCUCGCACACUUAUCCAAAAGCAGCAGAGACUGUGAGGUGCCAUAAUGCAAUGAUCAAGAUUGAUUUCAUACCCCAUGACCAGGAGUGAAAGCCAUGACCCAUGUUCUCAACAAAAUGCCAUUAAACACUGAGCAGUUGUAGCGGGCAAUGGCAUGGCACAUUAUUUAGACUAUCAUAACCUUCACUGGCGAAUGCCUCAGAAGAACUUGGCUGUUACAGAUUACCAGUAUUACAGUGACUUCAACUCGUCACCUUGAGCAAACGUCUUCGGCCAUUCGAUUUCAGCCCUAGUGUUUUGGAAUCAGAACCUCAAUAACAGGAAAUCACAACAUUUUACCAUCCUAUGGCUGCACUCAAAAUGAGAGGCAGUUUCUGAGGCCAUGCUCAAAUCUGUCAGGCCCACCACAUACACUAGAAUGCAACGUUUUGCACCAGCUGUCAUGGUGAGGCAGCCCUCAAGCAACAUGUAUGCGCCAUUCUUUAUAGAAGAAAAGUAAUAACAAUUAGUCAUUGAUAUUUAUUGAAUUUUCCUGCUUAUGCUGCUCAUUGUGUGUUUAUGCAUUGGUAACAUAUCUUAUGCUUUCCCAAUAAAAAAUAUUUUGAGAAAUACAUGUGCACAUUCAAUGGUAUUGUUUUCUUUAACCGUUCUUUCAAAAUAAAUGUUCACUUCAUAGUGAGUGCUUGUGUCAUGUUGUAUCCCUUUAUUUCCUGUGUAAUUUUCACUCUAAACAUUACACAAAUGCAGUUACAUACAUAAGGUAGCCUUUACUAAGUGCUGGUGACAUAUCUUGAUUUUUCUGGUUGUCACUCUGCCUUUGCAAUGCUAUGUUAAAUAUCCAAAAACAGCAUACUGAAAUACAGUAAAAGGCAUGUACUGCAGUUUUUGAAAAAGACGAAGUCGGAACUCGAGCAGCUUAUACGUGCAUAAAAACAUUUAGCAAUGUACACGCAGGUAACGAAUUGUAAGCGAUGAAAAUGCCAUACGCGAAGCUUCAAUCUUCCAGUCGUGGGUGCUGGAAUCCGACGUACACCGCUGAGGGAAAUUCCUGCCGAAUGCGAGACAACACACGCUGGCAGCACGACUCGGUUCCGCCUGCCAAGUCGCCUCCAUAUCCACUUUGUAAACAGGAGGUAGGCGACAAAGCGGUACUUUCUGCAAGCAAAACAAACGACACUAGCCAGAUGUUUCAGUGACCUAACCUAGUAAUGUUGUAAUGAACGCAUAUUUUACUGACUUGUGUAA